GAAUCAUGCUUCCUUUUUCCUGCUUGCACUGUGGGUGGGGUUUUUAUUUUCCUUUUUUUUUUUGAACAGAUGGUGGAGCUACUUGCUCGCUCUUGGUUCUUCCAAAGCAAGAUUUUCUGAGCUUCGGAGGGUUUACUGCACUGUCUGAAGAACAGGCCACAAGGCUGAGAUGGCAGCUAGAACUGGGGAGGUUUUGCAGCAAAUAUCAGAUUCAUAUUCAGAUCUUGAAGUUUCCAUGGGGGAAGCGUCGGUCCAUAUUCCAGAUCCCAGCACCACUUCCAUUUCCCCUUCCACAGAAGAAUAUGCGGGCAUGUUUGACUUUAAGCUGAGUUUCAGCAUAUUCUUAAGAGACACUGAUGCUUGGUUCUCAGAAAAACUCAACACAGUGUACUGUCGCCGAUGCAUCGCCUUCCCAGCCCUCAUGAAUGUGUCCCAUCCACUGCCUUCUGGCUCCAUCAUCCGUGCCAUGGCUGUGUUCAGGCACCCCAAGGAUGCAGCAGAGGUAGUGAGAUGCUGCCCACUUCAUGAGCAACUGCUAAGAGACAGAGGUGAUGUGGCCCAUCCGGAGCACCUAAUCCAGGUGGAAUGGAAUAACCGAGCCCAGUAUUUUUCUGACUCAGAGACCAAGCGAUGCAGUGUUACUGUUCCUUUUCAGGAGUCCCGUAAAAGCAGCGUUGUUUGGUACAAGUACAUGUGUUCUACAAGCUGUUUUGUUGGCGCGAACCGGCGUCCCAUUUCAACCAUCAUCACCCUGGAGUCUCCACAAGGAUUGAUUUUUGGACGACGGUGCUUUGAAGUUGAAGUAUAUCGGAGAGAUGAGUCACCUAGCCCAAGAAUCUGGAGACCUAGUAUUUCUAGACUGGAAGAAAAGUUACAUCACUUGGACCUGGAAGGGUUGGAAGAAGAUUUGGAAAAGCAGGGACGGUCUGUUUCACCUGAACUUGAGUAUGGCUCAGCAGCUUUCGAGACUAUUUGGUGCCCGAUGCCAGCUAGUGACAGAGGCCAAAUUCAAAGCCCGCUGUCGUCGAGAAUUGAGUCCAGUUCUUUCCCGUUGGAUCCCGGGAAAGGUGAGAUUGGCUCUAUCAAUUACAGCCUUCUAGAGACUGGUUACAAUUGA